AUGGUGCUGGACACGGGGAGCGACGUCACCUGGGUGCAGUGCCAGCCCUGCGCCGACUGCUACCAGCAGUCGGACCCGGUGUUCGACCCGUCGCUGUCGGCCUCCUACGCCGCCGUCUCCUGCGACUCCCCGCGGUGCCGUGACCUCGACACCGCGGCGUGCCGCAACGCCACGGGCGCGUGCCUCUACGAGGUGGCCUACGGCGACGGCUCCUACACCGUGGGCGACUUCGCCACCGAGACGCUCACGCUGGGGGACUCCACGCCCGUCACCAACGUCGCCAUCGGGUGCGGCCACGACAACGAGGGCCUCUUCGUCGGCGCCGCGGGCCUGCUUGCGCUCGGCGGGGGCCCACUCUCAUUCCCGUCCCAGAUCUCCGCGUCCACCUUCUCCUACUGCCUCGUCGACCGCGACUCCCCCGCCGCGUCCACGCUCCAGUUCGGCGCGGACGCCGAGGCCGCGGCGGCGGACACCGUGACGGCGCCGCUCAUCCGCAGCCCGCGCACGGGCACCUUCUACUACGUCGCGCUGUCGGGGAUCACCGUGGGCGGGCAGCCGCUGUCCAUCCCUGCGUCCGCGUUCGCCAUGGACGCCACGUCCGGGUCCGGAGGCGUCAUCGUGGACUCCGGCACCGCCGUGACGCGGCUCCAGGCCUCCGCCUACGCCGCGCUCCGCGACGCCUUCGUCCGGGGCACGCCGUCGCUGCCCCGGACCUCGGGGGUCUCGCUGUUCGACACGUGCUACGACCUGUCGGACCGGACCAGCGUGGAGGUGCCCGCGGUGUCGCUAAGGUUCGGCGGCGGCGGCGGCGGCGGCGCGCUGCGGCUGCCGGCGAAGAACUACCUCAUCCCCGUGGACGGGGCCGGGACCUACUGCCUGGCAUUCGCGCCGACGAACGCGGCCGUGUCCAUCAUCGGGAACGUGCAGCAGCAGGGCAUCCGCGUCAGCUUCGACACCGCCAAGGGCGCCGUCGGCUUCGCCCCGAACAAGUGCUAG